AUGCAUGUGGACAAUGAUUAUGAUUAUGAUGAUGUUGGAAUUACUACUGCCAGUCCAAAUGCUGGUAAAGCCUUGCACUCUGAUUCUAUUGAUGAUGAGGACUUGAUAUAUUUUCCUGAGGGCCAAAGUGAUGGUGAUUCUAGUGCACCUAGUGCCCCAGACGAUGAGGGAGAACUGCUUAAUUUGUAUUUACCCUCACCAAUUCCUCCAAUAUCACACUAUCCUCCACGUGAGCUGAAUGCCUCAGAGGCUCUCACACUAAAGCACUAUGCUACUUGGACAAAGUCUCAAAGAACUGUUUUAGAUUAUCAGUAUCAUGCUUAG